ACCAUAUCAUCCAACAUGAUUUGCAAUCAUCAUGUCGGGCACACGCACUCGCUCAGGCUGUAUGGGCUGCCGACGUCGAAAGAAAAGAUGUGAUGAAACCAAGCCAAUCUGCAGACGCUGCCAAAUAUCUGGCGCGUCAUGUGUCUAUCCUAAUGUCAGCGGAGCCUUCAGUGAGCGAUACCUUAUCUCGUCAGCUCUCGAGCAUUACAUUUUGCCUGGAGUAUCCACUGAGCGACACUUUGUCAACUUGACUACACGAGAUAUCGCUCGUCUUUGCCUAUCAUAUGGUUCACGACAUAUUUACCUCCUCGACGUGGACUGUGAUGCUAAUAAUGAGAUCCCGAGAUCAAUGCCCAUAUGUGACACAACUGUGGACAUAUCGGAAAGGCGACUGCUUCAAUACUAUACCGAGGUCAUCAGUGCCAGCCGAGUGUAUGCCACUGGAGAUGAAAACCCGUUCUGCUCGUUGACUAUGCCCUUCGCAUGUACCCGCCGGGGACCUCUGCUGUUUACUAUGCUGGCGCUGAGUGCAGCCGAGAUGGCAAAUUCUGGACACAGCCUUUCUAAUCGCCUCAUGUCCAACGCUGUCACAUACUACGAUAGUGCUAUCAACGCACUACAAGCGUCGCUAGUCAAUUCAACGGACGCCGAAGAGAACAUUCUCACUUGCGUGCUCUUGUCUUCCUUCGAGAUCUCCAAUGGGCACCGCUCAGCUUGGCUGCAACAUCUGAAUGGGGCCGUAGCCAUACACAACUACCAUGCAUCUACCAUCGGUCGAGAAUGUGCUCUCUUCGCCUACCAAUAUUUCAGCUUCCGAUGGAUUCUUCUUGAAACGACUAUGCCGCCAGGAACAUAUCCCCUGAAGGAGGUGAUAGCAGAUACCUCUAUGACAGCCCAACUCUUGCUGAACUUGAAUUUGAUGCUGGAACAGACUAUUGACUCAGCGCCAACCAUAGCAAUGCAAAACAUUGAUAACAAAGUCGGAUGCUCGCUGGAGUGUCUUCAGCUAAUCAACAGGAUAUCAACACUCUCGGCUCUCAAAUACCAUUGUCAGGCCGACGAGAAUGUCGCGGAAGAGACGUCUGACCUGUAUUCCACUACGGCUUUGGCCUUUGAUGAUGCCCUGAAAGAAAUGAUAUUCAUUGCCAAGGUUGAUGACAGCUAUCUUCAGCACAGCAGUCAAUGCUUUAAACUAGCUGCUAGGGUGUAUCUUCGUCUGAUCUGCCUUGAUGCCAGUCUCACCCAUUUAGCUCUGGUCCAGAUGCAAGAUGAUCUACUUCAGGCUCUGCGAAUAGUGAUAAAUGAGAAUCAGCCACGUCGAGCAUUCCCCAUGUGGCCAUUGUUCAUUGCGGGCUGCGCAUCAUCUGUGGAUGAGCAGCGAAAGAUCGUCUUGGACAUGUUUCGUACGCUCGACAGAAAAUGGCCAAUAAGCAACAUUUCAUACGUCCGGAAUGUCACUACUCAGAUUUGGCAAAGCCGAGACCUGAACGGACUCGACAACAGUCGUAAGCACGACUGGCAGACACUCAUCACAACAUUCGGUUGGAAGCUUGCUCUUUCUUGAGUGAUCGGCUGGGAACUAGCUUCAUAUGCCCAACAUUCGCCCAAUGUUCCAGAGACACAAAGCAACCUAGAUCUGGCACUCAAUGUCGACAGGGAUCUGACGUACACCCUGAGUCAAGUGGGCAGGAACCACGGAAACACUGGCAUGCGCGGAUGAACCUGACGAUGCUGGCGCUAACAGCAUGUCU